GGUAGGAAGUCGGUCCGGUAUGGAGACUUUCAGUACUGUGAUCAGGCCAAGUCUGUCAUUGUGAGGAACACCAGCCGCCAGUCCAAGCCCCUGCGGGUUCAAGUCAUGCAUUCGUCUGUCGUGGCUCAUCAGUGUUUUGCUCUGAAGGCUCUCAGCUGGCUGGGACAGAUCAUUCAGUACUCAGAUGGUCUGAGGAGAGUCCUGUGCCAGGUGGGCCUACAGAAAUGUCUGGAAGGAGAGAACUCCUCAUUGGUGGACCGCUUGAUGCUGAAUGACUCAAAGAUGUGGAAAGGAGCCAGGAACAUCUACCACCAGCUGCUGAUGAACAGUCUCCUCAUGGACCUCAAGUACAAGAAGUUUUUUGCAGUCCAGUUUGCCAAGAAAUAUGAACGCUUGCAGAGCGACUACGUGACAGACGACCACGACCGUGAGUUCUCCAUCACCGACCUGUCCGUCCAAAUGUUCACCGUCCCAUCUCUGGCCCGGAUGCUGAUGGUGGAGGAGAACCUGAUGACCACCAUCAUUAGAACCUUUGUGGAUCACCUGCGUCACAGAGACCCACAGGGACGCUUCCAGUUUGACCGUUACACAGCCCAGCAGGCCUUCAAGUUUGGUCGGGUCCAGAGCCUCAUUGGAGACUUGAAGUACAUCCUGAUCAGCCCUCCGUCUGAGUGGACCGAUCCGCUCCGACUCAAGUUUGUAGAAGGCUUUGAUGCUUUUCUGGAUCUGUUGAGGUGUAUGCAGGGUAUGGACCCAGUGGUGAGACAAGUGGGCCAGCACAUCGAAAUGGAGCCUGAGUGGGAGGCAGCAUUCACACUUCAGAUGAAACUGACCCACAUCAUCUCCAUGAUCCAGGAGUGGUGCUCCACUGAUGAGCAUGUGCUGAUCGAGGCCUAUAAGAAGUGUCUGAGCACACUCAGUCAGUGUCAUGGUGGUCUGUCUGAUGGUGAGCAGCCUAUUAGUUUGAGUCUGGCUGGUCACUCUGUGGACACGUUCAGGUACCAGGUGUCUCAGGAGAGGGUGUCUAUUCACCUGCCCAUCUGCAGGCUGCUGGCAGGGCUACAUGUCCUGCUCAGCAGGACAGAGGUGGCGUCUCGCUUCCCUGAGCAGCUGCCAUUGGGUGAACUCUCCCCUCAUCUCCUGAUCGAACUGCCACUGCGCUGCCUUGUGCUCUGUGCACAGGUGCAUGCUGGGAUGUGGAGGAGGAACGGCUUCUCACUAAUCAAUCAGAUUUAUUAUUACCACAAUGUGAAAUGCAGAAUGGAAAUGUUCGAUAAAGAUGUCAUCAUGUUGCAGGCCGGCUCGUCCAUGAUGGAUCCAAACCACUUCCUUAUGAUUGUUCUGAGCAGAUUUGAACUUUUUCACAUCUUCAGUUCUGCAGACAUUAGGAAACGAUACAGAGAAGCCAAUAAGGACCUGGUCCAACAGAACACUCUAAUAGAAGAGAUGCUUCAUCUGAUCAUCAUGGUUGUUGGUGAGCGCUACGUGCCAGGUGUUGGACAGGUGGAGCUGUUCGAUGAGGUCAGAAGGGAAAUAAUCCACCAACUCUCGAUCAGACCCAUGGCUCACAGCGAGCUGGUGAAGGCUCUUCCUGAGAACGGUAACAAGGAGACUGGCCUUGAGCAAGUCAUCGACAGCGUGGCAUCAUUCAA